AUGAUGGAAAUCAAGUUGAUAUAAAUGGAUGCAAAAAUUGUAAAUAUUUCUGUAGAAUUGGAUGUUCUACUUGCUAUUGUAAUACAAAAACUUGUUUAAGUUGUUAUUGCCUGGAUUUAUUUCAGUUUUUUGUAUUAUUGCAGAAAUAUUUGUGGAAAUGGAUUAGUUGUAACAGAUCCAGAUGGAUUCUAUACUAAAUAAUGUGAUGAUGGAAAUAUAUUUAAUAUUUAAUGAUUUAUGUGAAUUCCAAUAUGAGGAGAUCAAAUAAUAUCACCGAAUGAACAAUGUGAGGAUACAUUUAUAUUGCCCUUUAAGGGUUUUUAGAAUUGCAAAGCAAAAUGUUAAUCCUUUUGCAUUAUUUGUGAUAAUAGUGGACUAGGUUGCUAAGCUUGUAAGAAUGGUUACAAAAAAAUUGAUAAUUUAUGUUAUUCAAUUAGUGGAGACAAUAUUUAACAGAAGGUGAAGAAUGUGAUGAUGGGAAUUUAAUAUUUUGUGAUGGUUGUCAUUAAUUAUCUUUUAGUUGCCCUGUUGCUUGUUCAAAUUGCUGCCUGGAUUUUUGUUAUGAUUUCAAGAAGGUUUUUAUUUACUUAAGUAUUCCUGCUUUAUGAUUACUAUCCCGAUCCGAAAUGUAAUUCUUAAUGCUAGAGCUUUAGUAUAGGAGGAAAUGUUUGUUAGUAUGGAAGAGUGGAUUUUAAAAUAUUAAUGGUACUUGCACUCCUUUAUGCAGAGAUAAAAUAGUUGUUGAAGACGAAUAAUGUGAUGACAGUAAUGUCAUGUUUGAGGAUGGAUGUCAUAUAUGUUUAUAACCUUUCUCUUGUUAGUUUUGUUUUUAUAAGAAUUAAUGUUUUGAUUUAAAGUAAGAGAUUAAUUUAAAGGAAGCUAAUAAUUUUAUUUUUCAGAUUUAAUCAAGCCUUCAAAGUUAAAUCUGAUGAAAUUAGUAGAAAAUUGACUAGUUUAUAAAAUAAGUUUUAAUCAAGUUGGUCAAUAUAUAGAUAUUAUAGAUAAAGAUUUUCCAAACGCUCUUAGAAUAAGAAAGUUAAAAGGCAAUUUAGUAAAUCUAAUUAUGAGAAAUUAUUCAUAUGCUUCAGAUUGGAAAACCCUUUUAUAUUAAAUUAUGUAUUUUACUAAAUUUCAGGAGUAUUCGAAAAAGAAUUCACCCUUCCGCAUGACAUAUUUUAACAAAUAUUAAUAUUAUAAAUUUUUAUUAUGAUAAUAAAUUAAUAACUGCCAAUCUUCAGCUUGUAAAUUUAAAUUAAACAUCAGUCCUUUCAUUAAAGCAAAGAAAUAUUUAUGCUUUUUAAAUGCAUAAUUAGUAAAAUAACUUUGUAUAUUUUCAAUAAUGAAGACAAUUUAAGAGUCGUCUUAAAUAAUCAUUUUUAGGUUCUGAUUGAUAAAUUGUGGCAGAUUAAGAUAAAAAUCUUUAGUGUUGAAUUAACAAAAAUUGACCAACAAAUAAACCCUUUUAAAUUAAUUUCUUGUUAUCAUUAAAAAAUAGAUAGAUAAAGGCUCUUCUAAUGA